AUGCUGACCAAAUCUCUCGGCCUGACCGCGGACAAUAAACUUCUCUCGCACUCGACGAUCUCACCGCGCUCGCCCCCGUUAGCCAACGUCGAUGCCAUAUGCGUACCCAAGGUCGACUCUGCUGCUGACCUAACCUUCGUCACCGAUGUCCUCCGCCAUGUCGCCCCGGAAAGGCAUGCCGAGAACUCCAAGAAUCCUAUCAAAAUCGUAGCGCUUAUCGAAUCCGCCCGUUCGAUCAUGAACCUGAAGGAGAUAUGUGACGCCUCACCCUACCUAAGCGGACUAGUUUUCGCGGCCGAUGACUUCGCCAAAGACCUCUCCAUCACCCGAUCACCGUCCCUCCAUGAGUUUCUCUACGCAAGAUCUGCCAUUGUGACUGCAGCAAGGGCCGCAAGCCUACCCAGUGUCAUUGACCUCGUCUGCACGUCCUUCCGGGGCGAGACAGGCCUACAACGACUUGAAGAAGAAUGCUUAGGCGGUAAGGCCAUGGGCUUCAACGGAAAACAAUGCAUCCACCCGACGCAAGUGGAGCUCGUGCAGAAGCUGUUUGCACCUAGUGAAAAGGAACUAGAGUGGGCCGUCAGAAUUACCAUAGCCGAUGACAAGGCCAGCGCUUCAGGCCGAGGUGCAUGGACGCUCGAUGGCAUGAUGAUUGACGCACCAGUGUCGGCAAAGGCUCGUUCCGUGGUGAAGAAAGCGGAGCAAUGCAAAAUGGAUGUCGGGAGUGUGCGUGCGAAGUGGCAAAGUCAGGAGCCCGAGUGAACCAGGUUAAAUAAAAUAGUUCGGCCUCCAGAAUGAUGAUAACCGUUGAGCUUC